ACAGCAAGAAAGACAGACGAGCUGUCUUGUGAACCUGCCUAGAGGGUUUGUUGGUGCAUUCACUAAGGCAGGUCGUCUUCGGUGAACGAACCUACCUGUGAACUAUAAUAGGCUUAAGUAGUGUGCAGUGGCUGUUGGUUUCUUCUUGCUGCGGUCUGAUUCAGUGACACGAAAGUUUUGGCAAGAUUGGCAGACGACAGAACCCCUCGCCAUGUUGUUGGAGACGGUCCUGUCUCUGAGCGCCACGUCCUGGCUGCUGGUGAUAGUGGGCGUGGUCACACUUAUUUACUUCCUGACCUCCGAGAGAGACAACAGAAAACUCCCGCCAUCUCCAGGCCUGGCUUUGCCCAUUGUUGGACAUCUGUUCCUUGUGGAGAGAAACCCUAUACAACAGUUGCAGAAAUGGAGAGAAAGGUUGGGGGACAUAUUCAUGCUUCGAAUGGGCAGCACUAACAUGGUGUUUCUGAACGGCCAUGACGUACUGAAGGAGGCGCUGGUAAAAAAGGCAGACGUGUUCUCAGACAGACCUCCAUCCGCGCUUAGACACGUCUUUCCAGAUGUGCAUAAUGGUGUUAUAGCGGCGUCCGGCCCCAACUGGAAGGAACAAAGGACCACGUCCCUGGCCAUUCUCCGAGAGUUUGGGAUGGGCAAAAAUAUUCUGGCGGACAAGAUAGCUGAAGAGGUGGAUGUCUAUGUGAACGAACUGCUCAAACACAAGGGACAGCCCACAGAGCUGAGAAAAAUCACUAACAUGAGUGUGUCAAACGUCAUCUGCGCCAUUAUCUUUGGCAGGCGGUACGAACUGAACGACAAGCGUUUUGCUAAAAUGAUGGAUAUCUUCAAUGAGCUGGUCAAGACAUCGGCAUCAACCUCGGCCUUCCAGUUCUUCCCCUUUCUGUUGUACUCACCGAUUGACUUUGUUGGAGUACAGCAACUGAUUGCCAUCAUAAAAGAAUCCCGCGACUUCACGGAAAGUAUUGUGAAGGAACGGCUGGAAGGAUUUGACCCGGAGGUCAUGGAUAGUUUUGUGGCAGCCUACAGGCGAGAUAUGGAGAAAAAACAGGACUCGGGUGUCCACACAUAUCUAGAUGAGAAGAACCUUACCCGUGUGAUCGCCAACCUCUUCGUAGCCGGCACAGAAACAACGGCUUCCACCAUCUUAUGGUGCUACCUUUUUCUUCUGCACCAUCCUGACGUGCAGGAAAAGAUUUACAAAGAAAUCUGCGAACACAUCGGAACACACCGUGUCCCAACCAUGCAGGAUAAACCUAAACUGAAGUACUUGCAAGCCGUGAUCUACGAAACUCUGAGAUUGGCCAACAUUGUACCCCUGAGCCUGACCCACAUGGUCACAGAGGACACUGAACUCAGAGGUUACGUCAUUCCCAAAGGCGCCAUCGUAGUGCCCAAUCUGUACUCUGCACUCAUGGAUGAAAAAGUCUGGGGAGAUCCUCAGAACUUCCGGCCAGAGAGAUUUUUGGACUCCCAAGGGAACAUUGUGAAGAAAGAAGAGCUGAUCCCGUUCUCAUUGGGCCGGAGAGUGUGUCUAGGAGAAGCCCUAGCCCAGAUGGAGCUGAUCCUGUACCUGUCCACAAUGUUCCAGCGUUUUGAGUUCCUGCCCGCCGACCCGUCCAACUUACCUCCGAUCAAUGGCGUGUUCGGGGUCACAAUGCCGCCCGAAGCAUUCCAGAUCAGAUGUGUGGAGAGGAAGCAGUUUAACAAUAACGUCAUUCGAAACGAUUAAUUGUAUAUAUUAAAUAUGUAUGUGUUCUUGUGGGUUUGUCUGUUUGAGAUCAAAAGAUCAAUAACAUUCAAACCGAUUACCGACAUAUUUAUGUACAUUUUCAAAUCUGUUUGAUUGAUUUCAAACAGGAUUUGCCUCCAUUUGGGAUAGUUUUAUCGUGAGAGGUUGGCCACAGGCGUUUCAGUGGGAUUUACUCCUUUUUUCCAGUCAAACAUGUAUUAUUGAUAUCUCGCAUCCUUUAAUUUCUUUACUUUGUACAAUACAUUCUCGUAACGACUCGAAUAUUCGGCACCUAAAUGACAUUUUUUGUUCUGCAAGUGCCGCAAAACUCAUGUUAAACUAAAACACAAUCUUGGAACGUCUGCCCUGUUUGCUGUUCGCUUCCUUCAUUGAAAUUUAAAACUAAAUUGGUUCUAGUACUCCCCUAGAAAUAGGCAUACUCUUCCAUGUUGCUGAACUUGUGAGAAUUUUCAUUUGAAGUUUCUUAAUCUGAGCUUUUUUCCAGGAGGAAAAAAAGGGUGGGGGUGGGGUGGGGGUGUUGCUUUUUAUCAUAUCCAGAAUAGAUAGUUACUGUAGUUUAGUUGUUGUUUUUUAAAUGAUCUACUUGUAAUCAAAAGUAAUUAUGCUCAGAAAAAUGUGUAUGUGUUAAUCUCUUUUUUUGUUGAUGGUCUUUUUUU